AUGCCUUCUUCCGAACAACAAGAUAUAGUCUCAAAGUUGUCUGAAAGACAAAAGUUGCCUUGGUCUCAAUUAACGGAGUCUGAAAAGCAAGCUGCUUGGUACAUAUCUUACGGUGAAUGGGGUCCAAGAAAGCCUGUCUUGGUUAAAGGUGACGGUAUCUACAUCACCAAGGGUGUUAUUAUCGGUAUGGUCGCUGCUGUGGCCUUGUUUGCCGGUGCUAGAGUCUUCGCUCAAGACCCUCCAAGAACCAUGACUAAAGAAUGGCAAUUGAAGUCUGACGAAUACUUGAAAUCCGUCAACGCUAACCCUUGGUCCGGUUACUCUCAAGUUCAAUCAAAAUAA